CUAAAGGCUCACGGUAAAUGAAGUUCUUCGGCGAUCUAUAAAAGAUCAUGACUCGCCACCAUGCGUUCUCUUUACUGGACGAGCCUGAGAGUGUCAGGCACCUUUUGACCGACCAUGCCGGUUGCCAGAAGCUGGGUCUGUAGUAAGACCUACGUCACCCCCCGCCGCCCCUUUGAGAAGUCCCGGCUUGACCAGGAGCUGAAACUCAUCGGGGAGUAUGGCCUUAGAAACAAGAGAGAGGUCUGGCGUGUGAAGUUCACUCUGGCCAAAAUCCGCAAGGCUGCUAGAGAACUGCUCACCCUGGAUGAAAAGGAUCCCAAGCGACUAUUUGAAGGUAAUGCUCUCCUGAGGCGUCUGGUUCGGAUAGGUGUGCUGGAUGAGGGCAAGAUGAAGCUCGAUUAUAUCCUCGGCCUGAAAGUUGAGGACUUCUUGGAGCGGAGGUUGCAAACCCAGGUCUUCAAGCUGGGCCUGGCUAAGAGCAUCCAUCAUGCCAGAGUGCUCAUCCGUCAAAGGCACAUCCGUGUCCGCAAGCAGGUGGUGAAUAUCCCAUCUUUUGUUGUGCGCCUGGAUAGCCAGAAGCACAUUGACUUCUCACUGAGGUCUCCUUAUGGCGGUGGAAGACCCGGCCGUGUGAAGAGGAAGAACGCCAAGAAGGGCCAGGGCGGUGCUGGAGGCGCCGAUGAUGAAGAGGAAGAUUAAGCCUGAGGAAUUUGUCUGCCGUACUCCUGCAAUCUUUUCAAUAAAAAAUCUGGAAACCUGAA